CUAACAAAAUGUUUUAAGUCUUAUUAACUUGGCAACCAAAGUAUAAAGGGUGAUUAUCAAUAUACAUGUGUUUGUACCAAAAUGAAUAACUCUAGUGAUCCACCUUAAACAAAGAUAGAAAACAAAGGCUGUGGCAUAGGCAGGGGCGGUGUUUGGAGCUGAAAGCACAUUCUUGAGAACUAAGGAAUAGGAUCUGCUAGGGAUACAGAAAUUGAUAUGUCACUUCCAACCUGUCGCUGAAUAGGCUUCUAUAGUAUCUUUCCCUAUCUGUGCUCCUUAACUUAUUCUCCUUCACUUCUUCCAUACCUUAAAUGCGUUUAUUGUUUACAUCAGUGAAAGUUUUAUACUCAUUUCUUCAUUUAAUAGUUUGUACUUUAGUUUUCCAUCUUUGCUUUUGCAUUUAUUUUUAACAUGUCCAGAGUAGCGAAGUACCGGCGCCAGGUGAGCGAAGAUCCAGAUAUAGAUAACCUAUUGUCCACUUUAUCCCCUGAAGAGAUGGAGCAGCUGCAGAGGGAACUGGAUUCAGGAGACCCUGAUGCUGGGAUCUCUGCUGGGCUACGUAAGGACCAGACUGAAAAAGCUUCCUCCCAGAGGGAAGCUGAAAGAGAGCGAUUCACAAAACAGACUUCAGCUGAUGAAUCAAAAUCUCCAGAUAAACCUAAUGCUCACAAAAAAAUAGAUAUGGAAAGUAAACGCCUUCAUACACAGAACAGCAGCAGGAUGCAGGUAUCAGAGGAGAAGAAAGAGACCAAAACAGAAGUUGGUGCUCCCAAACAGGAAAAACAAAAAGAUAAGGAUGACCGGGUUGCCAAGAUGAGGGAAAGAUUUAGACAAGAAAAAAACAACACAGUGGAAAAAAAAACAGAAGGAUCCACACCUAACAAUACAAGCAACGUGAAGAUUACAAAAACAGAAAAAGAACGAAUCAAAGAUGAAACAGAGAAGACCAAACCAAAGACAGAGAACUCAGAAAAGCAGCUGGAAAAGCAAGAAGCUCCAGACAAAUCCAUAAAGACCAAGGGAAAACAAAUCCAUAAAGACCUCAAUAAAAAUGUUCCUAUAUUGAAAACACCGAAUGAAGAUGACAAAGUUGUCUAUGAAGACCAAAAAACUGAGAAAAAUGAAAAUGGUACACUAAACCAGGUAGAAGAAGGCAAAGAGGAUGAAUCAUCUAGCAUCUUUGAUGAACUUUUGGAGAAAGUAAAAAACAAUGAACCAGAAAUGACAGAACUUAAUCUAAAUAAUUCAGACUGCAUCACCAUUGAGACUCUAAUGAGCUUUACAGAGGCCUUGGAAUUCAAUACCCAUGUUAAGCUCUUUUCAUUGGCUAACACACGUGCUGAUGACCACAUCGCAUUAGCUAUUGCAGCCAUGCUGAAGUCAAAUAAGACAAUCAUCAGCAUCAACCUGGACUCCAACCAUGUCACAGGAAAAGGCAUCUUAGCAAUCUUUAGAGCCCUUCAACACAAUCAAACUCUGACAGAGCUACGCUUUCACAACCAGAGACAUAUCUGUGGUGGCAAAACAGAAAUGGACAUUGCAAAAAUGUUGAAGGAAAACACCACUCUUCUAAAACUUGGGUACCACUUUGAGUUAGCUGGGCCCCGUAUGACAGUUACCAACUUGCUGAGCAGAAACAUGGACAAGCAAAGACAACGCAGGAUAGCAGAACAAAAAGCUGCACAGGCAGCAGGUGACAAGAAAAAUAACUGCCUGGAAGUGCCAAAAGCCAUAACACCUUCCCCUAAAAUCUCACCACAGCCCUCCCCUCAAAUCUCUAAAAAGGGUCCCUUAAAAAAAGGAGGGAUUCCUGCUCCCCCUCCCCCUCCACUUGCACCACCACUAAUCAAUGAAAAUAUCAGGAGCUCCUUAUCGCCUGCUUCUCAAAGGAGGAUAGUUGAAAAAACAGGACCUUCAGAGAAGAAUUCCAGGGAUCAACUUCUAGAAUCCAUAAGAACCAGCAAUAUCAAGCAACUUAAGAAGGUGGAAGUACCCAAAUGGUUGAAGUAAACAGACUCUGAGGAAUUCAAAAGAAAAACAAUAAAUAAAUAAAUAAAUUAAUUUAAAAAAGUGUAUAUAUAUAUUAUACAUAUAUUAUACAACAAACCUUUAUUCCUCAUCUGCAACAUUUUUAUUAAAUAUUACCACUGGCAAACGAAUGCAAUCUUAAUUGUCAAGCAUUCCCAAUUACAUAUCUCUGUAUUAUAUUCAUAGCACUAAUCAUUAGAAGCACACAUCAGUUAUGCACAUAUUUAUUCCCAUUCAGUUUUGACAAUUUUUUUAAAAACAUUUGUUCUAAAAAACAAAUGUUAUGAAUUUCACCUGUUGCUAUGCUAUCGUUAGCAGUUUAUGUAGUGAAUCAGUUGUAUAGAAUAAACAUAGAAAUAUCGUGACAUAUAAACAAAUGUUUAGCAGGUCUGGUGAUCACCAUGUAUAAAUCUGCAGUAUGGAAUGGUUCCAGGAUACAUACGAAUCAUUAAUGAAAACUUUUAAUGCCACGCUUAUGAUGAUAUCCUGCAAAUAAAACUACAUAUUUUUUAAGGCUGCCCACACUUUGCCAAUGGAAGAAUUGGAUUUUUCUUGCCUUGUUUCAAAGAUAAAAAACAAUUUAGCACACUCUAUUCUUGCACUUUGUGCAAAGGGCACCCUGCUAAAUAACCUUUUUAACUGUUUAUUGAUGAUAUGGCUUGAAGCACCAUGUACAGUGUUCUACUGUUUAAAAGCUAAAACUUGUCCAAAUAUAUAUUUUUGAUGCAUUGUAAAUCUUUUAUGAAGGUAUUGUACAUUUAUUCAGAGGUUAUUAAAUCUAUAAUAAACCACACAGGGUCUUUAAA